AUGAGGAAAAAAAAUCCAGAGCAAUUGUAUCCCAAAGAAGGUACUCUGGACAGGCUAGUUUUGGAAAGGAUUAUUCGCCUGUGGAGUAAUUUUGCAGCGUUUGGGAAUCCCACCCCCGAGACCGAUGACAAGUACAUUACGACAGUUUGGAAACCAGCGAGCAAAGAGCACUUGUACUAUCUAGAAAUAAAUAAAGACCUUCAGUUGCGCGAUGACAGGGACUCGAAAAGCUGGCCUUGUAGCAAACUCACACUCAAAAAUCAUCGGAGAAGUAUAUUCAACCUAUUGUCAAACAUGGAACGACCAAUUGUAACUAUAAGAGAAGGACAGCUGCAGGGAGUUACGUUGAAAAGUAUUUUAGGCCCCAGUUACUACGCUUUUAAGGGGAUACCUUAUGCUGCACCACCUCUUGGUCCACUGAGAUUUAAAGUGCCACAACCACCUGAAAAAUGGUCCGGUGUGCGAGAUGCUUCAAAUUAUGCUGGCGAUGAUUGCAUGCAGCUCAGAGACGACAUUCAUCAUGAAGAAAUUGUAGGAAACGAAAAUUGCCUUUACUUAAGUGUAUUUACAAAAACUCUUAGUCCCGACAGACCAGUGAUGGUUUUCAUUCAUGGUGGAAGUUUUGUCGAAGGUACAACAAAUCGUGAUGUCUAUAGGCAGGAUUAUUUGGUUACGCAAGACGUGGUGUUAGUCAAUAUUAAUUACAGAGUAGGAAUAUUUGGUUUCCUCAGCCUUGGACACGAAGUUGCGUCUGGUAAUGUUGGGAUAAGAGAUGUACUGUGCACUUUGCAAUGGGUUCAAAAUAAUAUCAAAGCUUUCGGUGGUAAUCCAAACAACGUUACGAUUUACGGUAGCAGUGCUGGAGCCGUGAUCAGCCACUUGUUAACACUGAUACCAAAAGCUAAAGGAUUGUUUCACAAAGCAAUUAUUCAAAGUGGUACGUGCAAUGGCGCACGAACCUUGACUGGCAAAUAUGAUAUUAAAAAUGGCUUUAGAAUCGCCGCUCAUCUUGGAAUGCAGUCCAAAGAUCCGUUGGAGGUGAUAGAAUUUCUCCGUUCAAUGCCAGCCACGAAACUUGUCGAGUGCAAAAACAAAAUUCUAAGCAAAGAGGAAGCGAUUCAAUACGAUUUAAGUCUUUACAUGCCGGUCAUUGAUGUCGAUUACACCUCAGAUCCAGUGAUACCUGGUACUUUUGAGGAAUUGAAGAACAACAAUGCCGACAUACCCAUUAUGAUAGGUCAUACCCCAGAUGAAAGUCUUUUGAUGUUUGUAGAUAAAUUUACUGAUGAAACAUACGAAUACUACAAUGAUAAUUUAGAAGACAUACUCAAAAAUAAAUUAAAAGACCCUAAUGAACUGCCUAAUUUAAUGGAAGAAGUGCGAGAAUUUUAUUUAAAGAACCAGCCAAUUAAUAAAGAAAACGAAUGGAAUCUUAUACAUCUGACAAGUGACUUUACUAUUCAUGCUGAUAGACAAAUAAUCGAUUAUCGAGUCGAAUCUGCAACAGCACCAACCUACGUUUACAUGUUUUCCUACAUGGGAGAUGAGCCCACGAUUUAUCAAACUGAUCAUGGUCCACAGCCUCUCAAAGGUAUUGCCCACGCUGACGAGUUAUCAUACCUGUUUUACUUACCAGGUUUUCCGUGCAGAAAAAAGUUUCCAGACCAAUUGUUUCCCAAAGAAGGUACUCUAGACAGGCUAGUUACGGAAAGGAUUAUACGACUGUGGAGUAAUUUUGCAGCGUUUGGGCCAGUAGUAACUAUAAGCGAAGGACAACUACAGGGUACUACGUUGAAAAGUGUAUUGGGUCCAAAUUACUAUGCUUUCAAAGGGAUUCCGUUUGCUGCACCACCUUUUGGUCCGUUAAGAUUUAAGGAACCACAGCCACCUUCAAAAUGGGAUGGUAUACGUGACGCUUCAAAUUAUGUUGGAGACGCUUGCAUGCAGCUCAGAGACGAUAUUCUCCAUGAUGGGAUCGUAGGAAGCGAAAAUUGCCUUUACCUAAAUGUAUUUACGAAAACCCUUAAUCCCAACAGACCAGUGAUGGUUUUCAUUCAUGGUGGAAGUUUCAUUGAAGGUACAUCGAAUCGUGACGUCUACAGACAGGACUAUUUAGUUACCCAAGACGUCGUAUUGGUGAACAUUAACUAUAGAGUAGGAAUAUUUGGUUUUCUUAGCCUCGGACAUGAAGUUGCGCCCAGUAAUAUAGGAUUAAGAGAUAUACUAUUUUCUCUGCAAUGGGUUCAAAAUAACAUCAAAGCUUUCGGUGGAAAUCCAAACAAUGUUACAGUUUUUGGUAGCAGUGCUGGAGCUGUGAUUAGCCAUUUGUUAACACUGAUACCAAAAGCUAAAGGAUUGUUACACAAAGCAAUUAUUCAAAGUGGUACGUGCAAUGGCGCACGAACCUUGACUGGCAAAUAUGAUAUUAAAAAUGGCUUUAGAAUCGCCGCUCAUCUUGGAAUGCAGUCCAAAGAUCCGUUGGAGGUGAUAGAAUUUCUUCGUUCAAUGCCAGCCACGAAACUUGUCGAGUGCAAAAACAAAAUUCUAAGCAAAGAGGAAGCGAUUCAAUACGAUUUAAGUCUUUACAUGCCGGUCAUUGAUGUCGAUUACACCUCAGAUCCAGUGAUACCUGGUACUUUUGAGGAAUUGAAGAACAACAAUGCCGACAUACCCAUUAUGAUAGGUCAUACCCCAGAUGAAAGUCUUUUGAUGUUUGUAGAUAAAUUUACCGACGACACCUACAAAUACUACAACGAUCAUAUAGAAUCAAUAAUCAGAAAUAAAUUAAAAGACCCCACGGUAUUUCCUGAGUUAAUGAAAGAAGUGCAAGAAUUUUAUUUAAAGAACAAGCCAAUCGAUUCAGAAAACGUCUGGAAUUUGAUACGUUUGACAAGUGACUUGAUUAUUCACGCCAAUAGACAAGUUAUCGAUCAUCGAGUCGAAUCUGCAACAGCACCAACCUACGUUUACAUGUUUUCCUACAUGGGAGACGAACUAACGGUUUAUCAAAAUAAGCAUGGCCCACAGCCUCUCAAAGGUGUCGCCCACGCUGACGAGUUAUCAUACCUGUUUUACUUAUCUCGUUUUCCUAUGAGGAAAAAAAAUCCAGAGCAAUUGUAUCCCAAAGAAGGUACUCUGGACAGGCUAGUUUUGGAAAGGAUUAUUCGCCUGUGGAGUAAUUUUGCAGCGUUUGGGAAUCCCACCCCCGAGACCGAUGACAAGUACAUUACGACAGUUUGGAAACCAGCGAGCAAAGAGCACUUGUACUAUCUAGAAAUAAAUAAAGACCUUCAGUUGCGCGAUGACAGGGACUCGAAAAGCUGGCCGUUUUACGAAAAGAACAGCGAUUACUUUGAAAAAUUUUAA